AUGCCCGUCCAGAUCGCUAAGGCGGUGACAUUGCUGUGGUACUUCGGCGAAGUGAUGUGCAAAAUGGUCAAUUUCCUCCAAGGCGUGGCUGUUGCAUCGAGCGUGUUUACUAUCACGGCAAUGUCGGUAGACCGCUAUUUGGCAAUCACACAGUCCCUGCGGCAGCCUUGGAUGCCGUCGCGGCGUGGUGCGUGUAUACUGCUUGGAGUGCUGUGGCUGGUGGCCCUGGCGAUAUUUGCACCGCUGCUGGUGGUGGCUGCAGUGGAAAGGGAGGUGGUGCCACUUUUAUCCAGGAACGAGAAUGGAUCAGCGUGGAUGGAGAGCAGCAUAGAGUUUUGUACGGAGAAAUGGCCGAAUACUAUCAAUAAAGAACUCUUCGGUGCAUUCAGCUUUAUUCUUGUAUAUGCUGUACCAGGCUCCAUCGUGGUGGUAUCGUAUUCGCUAAUGGGCAGGAGGCUGUGUUCGGUGUUGCCACCAUUUGAUCAAACCGAAGGGAGUGCGAAUAGUCAACAGCGUUUGCGGCUCGUCCGUGAAAGGAAGCGGGUCGCUUGGAUCCUUUUGCUGCUUGCCGUGCUAUUUGCACUGUGCUGGCUUCCUUACAACAUUCUGCAGCUUCUCAUAGACGUCAACGCGGUGCAAGUCGACUCGGGUGCUCUGUUUCUACCGUACACCUUGCUUCUGGGUCAUGCAAAUUCCGCCAUCAACCCUAUUGUGUAUUGCCUGAUGACAAGGAACUUUAGGCGGUCGCUACGGAAACUACUCUGUCACGACCCUGGUAACAUACACUCUAGUACUAAUUUUCAUAUGCAGGGCCUACGUCAAAAGUCCAACACGUCUAGUAUGCGGACCUGCACCACGAUGACCUUCAGGAGUAGCAACAACCAGAGCGGCAGGGGGGCUUAUGGCCCCAACAUCCAGUACGGGAAAGUGAACAGAGCCAAUUCCGUCAAAGAGGGCGUUUGGAGGGACCGCUACCAGGGCCGGGCGCCUCAAUUUCUU